UAGAGAUGAAGAUGCCUUUGGCUUUGCUUCUUUCUCCCCUCCUCCUCUUACUCUUGUUGUUUCUCUCUGCACUGCCUUCUUCUCAAAUGUCCUCUUCUCCUCCUCCUUCCUAUGAUUCUGAUCUACAAGCUCUCCUCGCUUUUAAGCACUCCCUCUCCCUCGACCCCUACAACUCCUUGCUCGAUUGGUCUCCUCGCCACUCCUUUUGCAACUGGACUGGGAUUCUCUGCUCUUCUCGCCAUCAGCGCGUGCUUUCUCUGAAUCUUACUGGUAUGUCUUUACUGGGACCAAUCUCUCCUUUCCUUGGCAAUCUCUCUUUUCUUACAGUACUUGCUCUCAAGAAUAACAGCUUCCAAGGCCGAAUUCCUCCUCAACUAGGCAGGCUGUCUCGUCUUAGAAUACUUAGAUUGUCGUUUAAUCAAUUGGAAGGUUCCAUUCCCACCACUCUAACAUCUUGCCGCUCUUUGCAAGUACUCAUACUAUCCUAUAACCUUUUGAGCAACACCAUCCCUUCUCAACUUAGCCUUCUUUUACAAUUGGAAACCCUUUAUUUAGGAGGAAAUCAAUUCACAGGCACAAUCUCGCCUUUCUUAGGAAACCUAUCUUCUUUAAUUAAAUUGGGAUUGGAAAAAAAUAGAUUCCAUGGUAGUAUUCCUAUUCAAUUGAGUAUGCUUACUCAACUCAAACAACCUUAUCUUUGGGGAAACAAUCUCACUGGCACAAUCCCACCUUUCCUAGGAAAUCUAUCCUCUUUAACUGACUUGGAGUUAUCAAACAACAAACUCCAUGGCACAAUCCCACCCUUCUUAGGAAAUCUAUCCUCUUUAAUUGACUUGGAGUUAGCAAACAACAAACUCCAUGGUAAUAUUCCUAUUGAAUUGGGUAUGCUUACUUAGCUCAAAAUACUUUACCUUUGGGGAAACAACUUGAUAGGCACAAUCCCACCCUCCCUAGGAAACCUAUCCUCUCUAACUAAUUUGUCAUUGUCAAAAAACACACUCUAUGGCAAUAUUCCUAUUGAAUUGGGUAUGCUUUCUCAACUCAGUUUUCUUUAUCUUGGGGGAAACAACUUGAUAGGCAUAAUCCCACCUUCCUUAGGAAAUCUAUCCUCUUUAAUCGAAUUGGAGUUAGGAGUCAACAUACUCCAUGGUAGUAUUCCUAUUGAAUUGGGCAUGCUUACUCAACUAAGAAGACUCUUUCUUUCACGAAACAACCUAGUAGGCACAAUUCCACCCACCCUAGGAAAUCUAUCAUGUUUAACUUUCUUGGGAUUGACAGACAACAGACUCCAUGGUACUAUUCCUACUGAAUUGGGUAUGCUUACUCAGCUCAAAUAUCUUUAUCUUUCAAAUAAUAUCUUGAUAGGAGCGAUUCCAUUUGAGUUUGGAUAAAUUUCUCAGUUACAAAAAUUAAAUUAAAGUAAAACCAAAUCAUUGGAGAAAUCUUAAGCUCCCUCUCUAGUUGUAUUUGAGAAAAGAAUUUAUAUGUAAUUGUUCCAUAAGUUUUGGGUCAAGAAAAAAGUCUCAUUAAGUGAAAGCAUCUUUCCACAAUUAUUUCCAAAUACUCUUGAUGAUCUCCCACAAUUACGACAUCUUGCUCUUGAUCACAAUCUACUUUCAAAAAAAAACCUCCCAAUUUAAGGAGAUAACAAUCUUUGGAAUAGGUGGACUUAUCUUGUGACAAGUGAAGAAGAAAUCUGUAAUG